UGACAAUUUGUCUAUAUUUUUUCUGCUGGUCUUCACAGCGUCAGAGUACGCUUUUAUCCUCCGUUGCAAUAUCACUCAGGAGCGUUAUAAACAUGAGUUUAACAUCGCGUUGAUGUUGCGAAAUGUGAACGCUGUCUAGCUGUGUUGUGGUAUGUUUGCGGUCCUUCUGACGCUCCUUGAACGCAGCACAAGAAGGGCAGUAUAGUGAGAGAGCAGCUGCGUUAUUGUACGAGGAGGCGGGAUAAAGUGAGAACUGACAAGAAAUGUCACUUCUUAUUAUGAUUUCUAUAUAAAUACAACCAACAGUUUUUUUUUUUUGCUUUUUUUUUGGUUGUUGUUUUUUUCUUUUUAUGUAUUUCAACACAUAUUACUGGAGCAAACACAUUUUUACCAAUAAUCUUCCACAUAUUGAACCUACUAUUGAUCACAGAGUGCAAACCGUUACUACCUCUUUAUAUAAUUAUAUUUACAGGGGGCGUGGUCAACAGACCGGGGCUUGGCCAAUGGGCUUGCAGUUUGGGGAGCGGGGCGUUCCAUUCGGUUAGGAGCAGAAGUUGAACAGCGCGAGCUCUGAAACAGCCUCAGAAAGGCAGACACAGAGAGGGCAGAUGCAUCGGCCCUCUGCUGGAGGGGGGGCUUAUUAUAACAAAUAUAUAUGCACACAUGAGUGAACUGUUUGGCUGCACGAUAGCUCAUAUGUGGGUAACAGUUAUUUUAGAAAAGCAUACCACCGCGGCUUUACAUUUAAAAUGCCUAUUUUAGUUUUUCUGUUAGACACGUCCGCCUCUAUGAAUCAGCGCACUUAUUUGGGUACGACGUAUCUGGACGUUGCUAAAGGCGCGGUUGAGAUCUUUAUGAAGCUGCGUGCCCGAGACCCGGCUAGUAGAGGCGACAGGUACAUGCUAGUUACAUUCGAUGAGCCACCAUUCGGAGUGAAGGCAGGCUGGAAGGAGAACCACGCUACCUUCAUGUGCGAGCUGAAGAACCUGCAGGCGUCUGGGCUCACCAGGCUUGGGCACGCACUCCGCACAGCGUUCGACCUGCUCAACCUCAACCGCCUCGUCUCUGGCAUUGACAACUACGGACAGGGCCGCAACCCAUUCUUCCUGGAGCCAUCUGUGAUCAUUACCAUCACUGAUGGGAAUAAGCUUACAAACAGCUCCGGGGUGCCAGAUGAGCUGCACCUGCCGCUGAACUCCCCUCUGGCUGGCAGCGAGCUCACCAAGGAGCCUUUUCGCUGGGACCAGCGGCUGUUCGCGCUGGUGCUGAGGCUGCCGGGAGCGACCGCGCCGGACAACGAGCAGCUCGGCAGCGUCCCCACAGAUGAGUCGGCGAUCACGCAGAUGUGUGAAGUCACGGGAGGCCGGUCGUACUGCGUGCGAACACAGCGGAUGCUAAACCAGUGUCUGGAGUCUCUGGUGCAAAAGGUUCAAAGCGGCGUCGUCAUCAACUUUGAGAAGACCGGGCCGGAUCCGCCUCUCGGAGGAGAAGACAACUCUGUGGACUCCAGUCGUCCCGUUUCAACCUUCAACCCGCAGCCCUGGCACAGCUGCCACAAACUAAUCUACGUUCGACCAAACCCAAAGACGGGGGUCCCGGUCGGCCACUGGCCCAUACCAGAGUCUUUCUGGCCGGACCAGAACUCUCCAACCCUGCCGCCUCGCUCUGCUCACCCCGUGGUGCGUUUCUCCUGCGUGGACUGUGAGCCCAUGGUGAUUGACAAACUUCCCUUUGACAAAUACGAGCUGGAGCCGUCCCCACUCACCCAGUACGUCCUGGAAAGGAAAUCCCCGCACAUGUGCUGGCAGGUUUUUGUUAGCAGCAGCGGGAAGCAAAACGACUUGGGAAAACCGUUUGGCUACCUCAAGGCCAGCACCGCCCUGACCUGUGUUAAUCUGUUUGUCAUGCCUUACAACUAUCCGGUCCUUCUUCCGCUCCUCGAUGAUUUAUUUAAAGUUCACAAAUUCAAACCAAACCUGAAGUGGCGACAGGCCUUCGAGAUGUACCUGAAGACGAUGCCGCCGUACUACCUGCUGCCCUUAAAAAAGGCAAUGAGGAUGAUGGGAGCGCCAAACCUCAUCGCCGACACAAUGGACUGCGGCUUGAGUUAUAGUGUCAUUUCACACCUGAAGAAGCUCAGCCAGCAGGCAAAAAUUGAAUCAGAACGCCUAAUUGUGUCCGUGGGGAAAAAAGCGCCUCAAGAAACGGGCAUAAAGGUGAAGAACCACUCCAGCGCUCUCUCUCUGGCCCACCGGCGGGACUUCAAGCAGCUGCUGCAGGGAAUCACCGGAGAGGGGCCUCUCCGCCUGGUCGACAUCAACUUCAAGGAGUUCGCCGGCUUCCAGAUUGCUCUUCUCAACAAGGAUGUCAAACCGCAAGCUUACCGGAACGCCUACGACAUCCCGAGGCGAAACCUCCUGGAUCAGCUCACCAGAAUGCGCACCAACCUGCUGCGGACCUCGUUGAAGCUGAUCCGAGGCCAAGACGAAGACUUCCUGCACAGCAUUCCAGUGGCUCAGAUGGGAAACUACCAGGAGUACCUGAAGAUGAUGCCGUCUCCGUUGAGAGAGAUCGAUCCUGAUCAACCCAAACGGCUUCACACGUUUGGGAAUCCUUUCAAGCAGGAUAAAAAGGGCAUGAUGAUCGACGAGGCGGACGAGUUCGUGGCCGGACCUCAGAACAAGAAGCGGGGCCACUCCAGCGACCCCAACUCCAGCGGCACCAUGAAGCGAAGACGGAGCAUGUCCCCGUUGCUGCGGCGACCGCAGACCCCACCGGGCAGCACCAACCAUGUGGCGGUGGGGAAGAGUCCAGGCCAGCAGAAUCUCCUCAAACCCCCGUCACAGCACAAAGAUGGGAGCAACAUGGCGCUCACCGAGAGCAACGGCGACUGCGUCCUCGGCCUGGACUCUGGCGAGAUGUGGCCCGGCGAGACGGACGCAGAGGUGCUCUGUCCGUGCCCGUUGAUGCUGGAGGACAAGACGGGAUUGGCGGAGCCGUUUCAGGCGGAGGAAGCGAGCGCGGCGGAGGACGAAGAUCACCUGGAGGAGGAGCAGACGACGGAGGAGAGGCACAACUGCGACCGCCUGAGUCCGCAGAGCGAGCUGGACGGCAGCGAAGACGACUUCGCCACGCUCCACACCAUUUACAUAACCCCGCUGGACGGCUGCCAAGCCGAGCUGAGGAGCAGAGUCAUCAAGGAGGUCCGCAAACCUGGACGGAACUAUAAAUCCAUACUCAGUCUGCUGCAGCAGGUGAAAGGACCAGUGAACGUUCGAAAGUACUUCAUCCAACAUGCAAUCAAAGAAGCUCUGAGGUUCAAGAAGCGCGUGUUGAUCCAGCAGCUGGAGACCGCCCUGGCCCAAGUGGAGGACGACACGGCGCCGUGCUCGCCGCUUCCCAACGAUCACGGCAGAUGUCAGUAAGAGCGUUUCAGCCCGACAGAAGCUGGAGACACAGAUGGCAGAGAACAACAUUGUUAAAGAGG